CCAAAUUUUUUGUGCUCAUCUUAUUCUUUUUGUUAAUUUUUUCCUUUUAUUUUCGAAAUUUUUUUCUUUUUAUUUCGAAAUUUUUUAUUUUUUAAAUUUCCGAAUUUUAAUUGUACUGUUAUAUAGUAUUAAAGUUUGAAAUCAAACUCCUGAGAUCCGUAAUCAUACUUUAAAAUGUGUCUUUAUACCAUAAUGGUAACUUUUAAUUACAAUCUCGAUUCAAAUUUCUAAUUAUUAAUACGUUAGUCGAUAGAAAAUUUUAUUUUUCUUACUUAAACACGCAAACUUUUCAAUCUCAACAUAUGUGUGUAAACUAAUGUGUGUAAACUAAAAUGAGGAAAAGCAAAGACUAUCCAAAAGAAGAAUAUAAAGAUGAAGAUGACGACGAUGAAACUAUGGAUGACAGAACUGAGGACGAUGAUGAGUACAGAACCAAGGACGAGAAUUGAGGACGAACUUGUGACUGAAAACGAACUCGUAUCUGAAUAUGAAUUUGAACUCGUAUUUAAGAUGAAGACGAACUUGUGGUUGAAGAACCGGUAGUUGAUGAACCAAUUCUUUAAAGCAAUAGAAUGAUUUGUUUGAGAAAAUAUUUUUUUAGAAAUUUUAGAAAUAACAAUAAUAUUUUUUUAGAGAAAAAGUUUGAGGGUAUAUAUACUUUUCUGAAUACAUUGUGACUCUAAUAGACUUAAACUUUGUAACGUAAUACAGAAAAUAAUAAGUGAAGUCAAGUCCAUGGUACGAAGAUGGAACUAGGCUCGGAGUUGAGGAAAAAGAACGCGAAGAAUGAAUUAUGAAAGAAUUUGGAAUUCAAACUCUUAAUGUUCACAAUUACAAUUACAAUAAUUAUGGAUAACAACGACCAAGCAAUAUAUUUAGUAUUUUU